AUGAAGCUUCAAUUCCUUCUUCUCCUAUUCCACGUCAUCGUUAUGUCUUCUGAAGUCGUCGACGUUCCAGAUGAAGUUGAUAUUUAUGAUUGGGUGGAGGACUAUUUCGAUGAAUUGGAUAAGGAUUCAGAAAUCCAACAUCGUCGUUUGGGACCGGACGCAGAAGACACGAUUCCCCCGAAUACUUCUGAUAAAUCCGCGAAUCUUUUCUUUGCUAGCAUCACCAAAUUGAUUUCAAAAAACUCCGCAGAAGACAUCGACAAUCUGGGUACAUAUUCAUCGGAUUCCACAAAGAUUUUGCUUUGCGAAGAGCAAAAAUCUGUGAAUUUUGCCGGUUUUCGAAUUUACAUUCGCCUUCUUCACCACUUUUUCAAAGAUAUUCAAAUAUUGAAAUCGGGUUUCCGGCCACAUGACUAUGAGACAAGUUUCGAAAUUAACUAUACGGCAGUUUCUUAUGAGAAUAAAGCGUUCAAUUUGAAAUGGAAAGGAGAUUCAGAAUUUGCAAAAAAUUCUGAAAAAUCGACGAAGAGCAGUGAAAAUCGAGAAAAUGAAGUUCAGAAAAUAACAUUUUUUUACAUUACGGUAGUUGUCGUUGUGGGACCUUCGCUCACUAGCAUUUCUCUUCCACAGCUUCUUUUAACAAACUUUCUUCAACUUCAGGAUAUUACCAAAAAAGUGUUCUACUACACAAAAUUCUCACUUCUUGGAGACUGCGCUGGAAUCCCUGAAACUCUUCCGGAGCAUCCAACUCAACCGAUUGAAUCCUAUAUCAGCCGUCUCAAAAAAACGUUUUCCACUGAGAUUCUCGCAACGAAUCCACGCCCUCGGCCCGUUGAUUACGAUCGAUUCGCCGACGAUUUUCUAUUCAAAAAAGUUCGAGUACAGCUGUGCGAGAAGAAUGGGGAGAUUUUGAGUGCUGCUGAAUUCUCAAAAUAUCUUUCCGACCGAUAUCAAACUGCUGUAAGCUUUACGGACCAUGCAGUUUCACAAAACGACUUUUCCAACUAUCAAACAGUUGUGAUCAUUUCGGUGCAAGCCGACUUCCCGAACGGAGUCAUCAUGAGGGAUAAUUACACCUUUCGAGUGGAAGAGAAAAGAAACAAAGGAGACGAAUUGGGAUGGGUUGAUUGGUGGACCGCCUAUGUGAUUGUUGCAUGUCCCAUCAACUUGACGCCAACCGUUGAUCCUCAAGCACUCAAAGACGAGUUCGUUGGUCAAGUGUGCGGAUCCCUCUCCCCGAUGAUCAACGAUGAACCAUCCGUCGAGUCAAGAACCCCAUUUUUGAGUCAUAUGAUGAAAGAAGAGCAUCAAGGAUUCUGGGCGAUUAUAUGUGGAACUGGAAACGGACCAAAGAAUUAUAGUAAGCUCAAAAGUCGCUCCUUGAAUCACUACUUCUCAGAGCAAUUCCUUCCUAGCUGGCCUUCCAGCUACGCGUCGUCAGAGCUGAAGAAAUCUGAAGUAUUGGAUAACACGAACUUCUCAUUCAAAUGUAUCCUAAAACUUAAAAAAGUGGAUACAACUAUCUCAAAAAUGGAUUUUCAAAUGAGAGCGUACUAUGAAUUGAAUCAAUGGCUUGUCAAGGAAGUUCGAGUCGGAUGUGAAUACUAG